UAAUAACCUCCUUGCUUUUAUUUAUUUCUCGCGUCUCAGCCUCCGUCCGUUCAACUCCAAUCAGAUCCGCGCGUGCUGCUGUUCCUUUUCCGCCGGCGGCGUCUUCUUCUUCUUCUUCUUCUUCCAGAUUCUAGUCGUUCGAAUUGUUCAGUGUUGCGGCGGUUCCUGCGCGAUAAUGGCGGAGGAGGGGCACAAGGUGUCGCUGAACGUGUACGACCUGAGCAACGGCCUCGCGCGGCAGCUCUCCACCUCCUUCCUCGGCAAGCCCAUCGAGGCCAUCUGGCACACGGGCGUGGUGGUGUACGGGAAGGAGUACUUCUUCGGCGGCGGGAUCCAGUCGACGGCGGCGGGGGCGACGCAGUACGGGCGGCCGGUGCGCGUGCUGGACCUGGGCGUGACGCACCUGCCGCAGGAGGUGUUCGAGGACUACCUCCGCGACAUCGCCCCGCGCUACACCGCCGAGACCUACCGCCUGCUCAGCCACAACUGCAACAACUUCAGCAACGAGGCGGCGCAGUUCCUCGUCGGCGCCGCCAUCCCCGACUACAUCCUCAACCUCCCCAACGAGGUCAUGUCCAGCCCCAUGGGCCCCCUCAUCAUGCCCAUGAUCCAGAACCUCGAGGCCACGCUCCGCAACAACGCCGCCCCGCAGACCACCCAGUUCGUCCCCACCCCCGCCUCUGUCUCUCCGCCGCAGCCGGCCGCGGCGGCGGCGGCUGCUGCUGCUGCUGCUAGUAAAACUCCGAGUCCUGCAGCUACAGCUGCCCCUUCAAGCGCGGCGGCCACGGGCUCUUCUUCCAAGCAGGAAGAUAAGAAGAAGGCUGAGAAGGAGACCGCUACUCCUCAGGCUGCCGCUGCGGCUGACCCUCUCGGGAACGCGAGGGGGAAGGUGCAGGAGGAAGUGAUGAAGGAGUUCGCGGCGAUCAUGGCGAGCGGGACGCUGCGGGCGAGCGAGGCGGCGGCGCUGGCCAUGCGCCGCGUCAUGGAGCGCCACGGCGACGCCACGACUAUGCAGCAGAGCUAGUGACCGUGAGACAACGGCGGAAUUCCAGUUUAAAACCGAAUUUGCUUGCUUCCAUUGCGGGCUGCGGCACGUCGCUGUGGUGUUUUAACCGGCAUAAUCUUUAAUUGUCUGUAUUGUUUUGAUGUUACAUUGUGAGUUUGUGACUCGAUGAAUCACUGAUAAUGCUUUUUUACAUUACAUCCACGUUGGUAGAGUUGACUGUGGCGGUAUGUAAAUUUGAUGUUCAGGGAGGAGGAAACGCUCCCUGGUGACACUGCAUUAAGCCAGAAACCACAGAUCAAAUGUUCCCA